AGCCCUGACAGAAAGACUCUUGGCUUGCUACAAAAAGCGUUUACAAGCAGUGAUAUUAACUCUGCAGGGUGCCCAAACUUUUGCAGACGCCAUUUUUUUGUUUUCUGUUAUUUUGAAAGUGUAAAUAAUGGAAAUAAAAUCUAACUUUUGUUGACAUAUUAUAAGAAUGCCUAAUCUGUAAUUUGAUGCCUUUUGGAGAUUUUUCCAUCUUUCCUUGGCUUCUUUAUGCACAUUAAUACAAGUUUUUAGCUGGGGUGCCCAAACUUUCGAUCCCCACUGUAUACACAAUGCUUCACUCUAUUUGAUUGCA